AUGGAUAGUGAUGAUUCCUCAAGUGAUAACUCUAGUGACAAGGAGGUUGCACACAUUUGUCUCAUGGCUCUAGGAGAGGAUAAACCAGAAAGUUCCCAACAAAGAGAAAUCAACACUGAGGUAAAUAAUUCUGACUCUCUUAGUAUUGAAGAUUAUGAAGAAGCAUUUGCCAAAUUAUAUGAAGAAUACAAAGUUUAUAAGAAAAAAUGUUCUGCUUUAAAUAAAGAAAUUGCUUCCUUAAGAGCUGAAAAUGAUUCUAUGAGCAUUGUUGUACAAGAAAAUAAAUUUUAUAAAAAUCAAAUGCUCUUGUAUGAUGAGCUGAAUAAGGAGUUAGAAGAUUCAAAAAUUGCUUGUGAAAAACUCAUUGAGAAAAACAGGAUUUUAGAAACUAAGGUGGAAUCUUUGACCAAUGAUUUAGCUAAAUUCACAAAUGGCACACAAAUUCUUGAUACGAUACUUGGUUCUCAAAGAUUAUCAAAUCAAAAAUCUGGUCUUGGUUUGCCAAAAAUUAACUUUGAAAAAGACCAUGUUUGCAAGCCUUGUUCUCUUGGGAAACAAACCAAAGUUUCUUUCAAAUCAAAGAAUGUUAUUUCAACAUUUAGACCUCUUGAGUUGUUACAUCUUGAUUUGUUUGGUCCUAUUACACCUAUUAGUCUUGGUGGUAAAGCGUAUACCUUGGUCAUAGUAGAUGAUUACACUAGGUAUACAUGGACAUAUUUUCUUGCACAUAAGGAUGAUUUGAAGAGUAUUGGAACUCCUAUGAGCUCCACCAUCAAGUUAGAAAAGGAUGAAAAAGGUAAAGAUGUUGAUCAAAAGCUAUUUAGAGGCAUGAUUGGCUCACUUUUAUAUUUAACUGCAUCUAGACCUGACAUUCAUUUUAGUGUGUGUUUGUGUGCUUGGUUUCAAUCAUGUCCUAAGGAAUCUCAUCUAAUUGCUGUCAAAAGGAUUUUCAAAUACCUCAUUGGCACACACUCAAUUGGUUUAUGGUAUCCUAAAUGCGACACAUUUGAUCUAGUUGGAUAUAGUGAUUCUGACUUUGCUGGAAGUAGAUUGGAUAGAAAGAGUACUUCGGGAAGUUGUGUUGCUCAAAUUCUAUGGAUGAAGCAACAAUUAGAAGAUUUUGGUAUAAAGGUUGAUCAUGUUCCUAUAAGGUGUGAUAAUACUAGUGCCAUCAACCUAACUAAAAAUCCAAUCCAACACUCUAGAUCAAAGCACAUAGAAAUUAGACAUCACUUUAUUAGAGAUCAUGUUCAAAACGGUGACAUUAAGUUAGAGUUUGUUCCUACAGAACAACAACUUGCAGAUAUUUUUACAAAACCACUAAAUGAGGAAAACUUUUGUAGGAUUAGAAGAGAACUUGGCAUGAGUGAAGCUAUUGAAUGA